GGAGCAGAGUUUCGCUGCGUUUCGGUUCCCGUUCCCGGCUCGGUGACGGGCGGAGGGCAGCGGGACCCGGCGGAGCGCUGCAGCGUACGCAGCUGCCAGGACCUACCAAGGGAACGCUGCGCAUGUGCGGCCGCGCUCCUCUUCAUCCUCCUUGUUGCUCUCCUCGUCCUUUUCCUGAUCUUUUUCCUCCUUUUCCUGUUCUUGCUCCUCUGCCAGCGCGGCCAUGGGGAAGCUGAACGUGGUGAUGCUGCGGUACCUGUCCCGGGAGCACUUCAGGGUGCUGACCGCGGUGGAAAUGGGCAUGAAGAACCAUGAAAUAGUUCCUUCCAGCUUAAUUGCUUCCAUUGCCAGCCUUAAACAUGGUGGCUGUAAUAAAAUUCUGAGAGAGCUGGCAAAGCACAAACUUGUGGCUUACGAACGAACUAAAACUGUCCAGGGUUAUCGGUUAACUAAUGCAGGAUAUGAUUACCUGGCUCUGAAAACUCUUUCCUCCCGGCAAGUCAUCAGUUCUGUGGGAAACCAGAUGGGUGUUGGCAAAGAAUCAGAUAUUUAUAUUGUUGCCAAUGAAGAGGAGCAACAGUUUGCGCUGAAAUUACACAGGCUGGGGAGAACCUCCUUCCGAAACCUGAAAAACAAACGUGACUACCACAAGCACAGGCACAAAAUGUCCUGGCUGUACUUGUCCCGGAUAGCAGCAAUGAAGGAGUUUGCCUAUAUGAAGGCUUUGCAUGACAGAGAAUUUCCUGUUCCAAAGCCUAUAGACUACAAUAGGCAUGCAGUUGUUAUGGAACUUGUUGAUGGAUAUCCUCUGUGCCAGGUGCGCCAGAUGGAAGAUCCUGCUGCAGUCUACAGUGAAUUAAUGGACCUGAUUGUAAAACUUGCCAAUCAUGGUCUGAUCCAUGGGGAUUUCAAUGAGUUUAAUCUCAUCUUGGAUAACAACGACCAUGCCACUUUGAUUGAUUUCCCUCAGAUGAUGUCAACAUCACAUGCAAAUGCUGAAUGGUAUUUUAACAGAGAUGUUAACUGUAUUAAGGAGUUCUUCAAGAAACGCUUCAACUAUGAGAGUGAGCUCUUUCCAACCUUCAAAGACAUCAGGAGAGAGUGUUCUCUUGAUAAAGAGAUUGCUGCCAGUGGCUAUGCAAAAGAGAUGCAGGAAGAUGGUGAACUGCUUUACCACACAGGUUUUUAUGAGGAUGACAAUACAGAGAUGUUAGAACUUGCAGAGGAUGCUGAGAAGGAGCUCAACUUCUUCAGAGAAAAUGAAGAAAACAGUGAAAACUUCAUAUGUGAAGUGGGUGAUUUCUCUGAAAGCAGAGCCUCUGACAACGCUGUGAGCAGCAGUGAGGAAGAGGCUGAUGCAGCUGAAAGCAGUGAGAAUACACGAAGACUGAAUAUGGCAGAGUUGAGUUCAGCCUUGGAAAAAGAUGAAGGGCCAGCUGUGCCUUGGAAGUCCAGUGAAGACACCCAGAGUUCUGCAAUUACUUCUUUUAAGGGCAAAGGAUUAACAGAAAAUGCUGCUGAACUGGAAGGUCAGGCAGGUCAGGGAGGGUGCUGUGAGGGCAAGGAGAAUGAGGAUGAGUGCCCUGAGCUGUUCCACUCAUCAGCUUUAAAUGAGGAAUUCCAUCAUUACAGUGAAGAGUGUGUUGUUCCCACUGCUGGGCACAGAACAAGGACUAAGAGCAUCACAUCAGUCAGAAGUGUUGGGAGCUGUUCAACCAUUCCUCCGGAGCUGGUGAAACAGAAGAUAAAGCGUCAACUGACCAAGCAGCAAAAGUCUGCUCUGAAGCAACGGCUGCAAAAAGGGGAGGCAAAUAUUUACACUAAACAACGUCGAGAAAAUAUGCACAACAUUAAGUCAAGCUUGGAUGCAGUCAGUUUCUGGGGAUAAUUUAUUAAAGCUCCUGUUGAACAUGAGGAAUGUGUACAGCUGAAUGGAUCAUGCUCAUUUGCCAAUAAUCCUUUUAUGUAAAGAAGCAAUCUCUGCUAUGCAAACCAGAUGUUUUUCUGGGAAUUAAUAAACCUCAUUUUCAUUCCUGUGACUUUGA